CGAGCUGCAUACAACACUACUUUAAUUUGCGUUCUAUACUUCUUCGCCUUUUGUUCAAUAGCUGAAUUCUUAGGUGCAGGUAGACGUGGGCUGAAAUUCGAGCCGGGGGGAGGUGAUAGGAUUGGCAUCAACUCCCAGGCAACUCUGCGACUGCGCCGGAAAGUUCGUUUACAAAUUUGAAUACGGCAGAGAGCGAUUGGAUGAGUCGCGCAACACAGUCCAUCCGUCUGUUCCCGUAGUUGGAAAUUCUAACUGGCUACAAGAAAGCAAGCAAAAAUCACUUUGACACAGUUUUAUAAUGGAAACCCCACGUAGGAGAGGUAAAGAUUCUAAAAGUUCAAAAUCAAGGAAAACACCUAGUCAUUUUCUGUCUUCCCAAAUGCAUACUCCAAAAGAUGAUGUUGAUUCACCAUUACCACCAAUCAGUCAACGCCUGGCACACCUUCGGCCUUCUCGGGAACUGCUAGAAUUCUACAGACGUAAGGUUGCAGAAUUUGAUAGUGAACAUGAAGACAUGCUACGUGUGCUUGACACGUACAAAGCUACUUAUGAAGAACAGCAUAAACUGCAGUGGGAGCUAAGGCAACGGGAGGGAGAGAUUGCAGAACUACAAAAGGCACUGAGUGACAUGCAGGUUUACCUGUUCCAGGAGAGGGAACAUGCUCUUAGAUUGUAUGCUGAGAAUGAUCGUCUUAAAAUCAGGGAAAUAGAGGACAGAAAAAAAAUCCAGCAUUUGCUAUUGCUGGUUGGUCCAGAUAUUGAAGAGAUCACCUAUUUUCAUAAAGAACCUCCACAUAAGGUUACUAUUCCUCAGAAAAAAGCACUGCAUUCUGAUACAAGCAAACAUGCAGAGUUUCGGUCAGCCCGAUCAGCCCUAAGAAAAAGUACAUCCAAGACUGUAACAGGGUCAGAAAACCUUGUAACUCCAGAGCGCUAUGUGAAAGACAAUCAAACACUUCUUUUGCAGGUUGAAGCUCUGCAGGCACAAAUGGAAGAGCAAACCAAGCUGGCAAAAGAGCAAGUGGAGUCUUUAUUGGAAGACAGACGCAUUCGAAUGGAAGAAACACAAGUGCAACAACAACGUGACCAAGAGAAGAUUGCCACACUAACCGAAAAAUUACACCGUACUCAAACACUUUUGUAUGAUAGUACAAAGGACUAUCUACAGCUUAAGUUUGAUGGAAGGGCUAUUGAGAAGAACUGGAUGUCGGAGAAAGACCAACUGCUACAAGAACUGGAUACAUGUCAUACACGUUUACAAGAAACUCGAGAAUCUGUAAGAACUGAUUUCCAUAUUGCCUCUUCUGUUGAAACUGAGUCUCAUCAGGUCUGCAAUGAGGACAUUAAGUCUUUGGAAGAGCAAGUAAAGCAAGCCCACCAAAUGGCCAACAUGUACCGGGAACAAUGUGUGAGUCUGGAAAAUGAAUUGGCUCAGAUCAGAGAAGAGGGUGAUGUUGGAAGAGAGAUUUUCAAAGAGCGCUCUGAUAAGAUGGCAAAGAGGCUUCAGUUGAUGACUACACGCUAUGAAGCUUUAGAAAAGAGAAGAGCCAUGGAGGUGGAAGGUUUUAAAAAUGACAUCAAACUUUUACGGCAGAGACUCAAAGAUUUGGAAAAGCAGCUUUUCAAGGUGACGUUGAAUGUUGGACCAGAUCAGGAUUUGGCAAUUCUGCAUGAAGUCCGACAAUCCAACUUCCGCACGAAGAAAAUCCAAGGGCAACUGAAAAGCUUGAAAGCAAAAAUUUAUGGUUUUGAAAAUGAAUUACGAUAUUGCUAGUGCCGAUAUAAGUGCAGUUAUGUUAAAGAUUAUUUCAUUUGACACACCAAGAGGAGGCAAUCAAAGAUUUUUUUCAAACAUAGUGUGUCACUUGGAUACUGCACUCAUAGUUAACUGUGUAAAUCUUUUUAUAAAGUUCUGUUUCAUUUGGGUGUUGAUAUUUUCUAUUGCAUUUCUAAAUUAAAGCUUUUGUUUUUACUGUA